UGUACGCGCGUGAUGCGCGGACGUAUGUACAUACGCGUCGCGAUUGUGCGCGAAAGAAAGAAAGAGAGAGAAAGAGACCGAGCUGCGUCGUCGGUCGUUGAUUUCCGCGACGGCGGUGUAGUACGUACACGCGCGAGACGAUUCGCGAUCUCGAGAGGGUACCCCGGAGAGGGAUCGUCGGGCACAAACGGUAAGCGCGCAUCGAGGAUCAGCGAUCAGUAGCAAUCACAGUAGCGCAAAGUAAACACCGACGUGCAGAUGCGCGCGCGCGCGCGCGAGCGAGCCAGCGAGCAGAGUCAAUUGUCGUAGCGUUGUACAAAGCCCAGCAUCUCGCGGUCAAAGUUGUGGUCGGUGUUGGUGCCCCGCGACGUCGACGAUCGAAUCCGCCCCGACAGGCGUAGUGAAAGUGUUCAACUGUUACGUACGCGCGCGAGGCGGACGGGUGGACGACGCGCGCGGACCCCGCCGCCGUCGCAGGGUGUAUCAUCGCGCGAAGUGAGAAACGUGCCGUGCGCGAUAUCUCGCGACGACGACGUUCGGAGCGGUUCUCGGAGCGACGACGACGACGACGGACGACGCUUGACAAGCGGCAUCGGCUUCUCGUUGGCGGGCGCGCACCGCUGGCUGAUCCGUGCCGCGCCGGCGGCUCGUCUGCCACCGUUCCCUAGCUUGUAUGCCACGCUUCGACGCGAGGAUCGGACCUCCCUGCUGGCGUUUCGUCGUGCUUGUCGAGAUGAAAAUUGAAACGUCCCAAGACAUGACGUAGACAGCGGCAGGUGCGUGAAAAAUCGCCGGGGCGGCCGCCAUGAAGAAUCUCGUGCCGUAGUUGUUAAGCGAUGUUAGUGACUGCCUCCCCGAUGGACAAUUCGCCGAACACGCUGUCGGUGGUCGAGGAGGAGGCGACGAACGUCACCGACAUCGACGACGCGUUCCCGCCGCAUGUCGACACCAGCAACAUUGUCAUCCAGCCGGAGUCGCCCACCAGCAAGAAGCAGGCGCUAAAGACUUUCGCUGAGGUGAACACGUUGCUGCAGGCCGGCAGAAAGCGGGAGGCGAAGCUGAUCAUACGGGAGAACGCCUGGCCACUUAACAACGGCAUCAGGGCGCAGCUCUGGCCGGCGCUCUGCGAUCAGCACGCGCACGGCAAGAACAUGCUCGACGGAUUCUACUGGGACAUGGUGAACCAGGUCUUUGGAACAACUGAAUUACCUGAAAAAUCAAUCAUGCUUCCGCCAUUCGUCGAUAGUACGCAUUGCUUGUCUUACAAUUUGACGAGAAAAGGCAGAAACGUGGCGGACAGAAUUGUAUCUGUACUGGGAUAUGCCUGUCCUGACAUCACAUACAGCCCAUCCCUUUAUCCGUUAACUGCACUUCUCUUGCAUUUUGUGCCAGAGGAGGAAUGUUACCACUGUAUGGCUACUUUGGUAGCUGCCAAAGAGAAAAUGUUCAUCACGCAAACCAAACUCCUUUAUGAAGUUACGUGGAAAACGGUAGAACAAAUAACUAAGAAACACGUCAAAUCAGCUGCUGUACAUUUAGCGAGGCAUUGCUCCGGCUCAAGAGCAGAAAGAAUCUACAUGGAUUGGAUCUGGUGGAUUCUUCAACUUCUUCCAUUUCAACAUCUAGUCAGGGUUAUGGACUGUUUUCUUCAUGAAGGCAUUAAGGUUUUUUAUCGGGUUGCUAUGGCUAUAGUUUUAUUAUUUUAUAAGCACUCUUCGCCGCAGAAUUCCGAAUGGAUGAAUGAGAUUUCAAAGAAUGGAAUAGAUGCUGCUCUAUCAAAGUUCUGCAGACAAAUGCCAGUGACACCCGCUAAAUUUCUGCGCACCGCUUUUGGGAUACGCGGACUCAGCUCAGCAUACAUAUCACGAGUAUUUCUGCGUACGGAAAUGUCUCUUAAAAGCAAGAGCGUCCUAACAGGGUCCCGAUCCUUGGCUAGGUCACGUUCGACUGACAAUCUACCCACCAGCCAGUCCCAAGUCAACAUUCAAAUGAUGUCACACACACUCACAAUACGAGAAAAAGAAUGUGAAGACACGUACAAAGACAGGGUAUCGUAUAAUUAUCUUUUUGGGAAAUGUGUUGUCAGUUUCAUGUGCUCUGCCCACCUUUACUUCCUCCCCUUUAUACUCAGAUAUCAUUUAUAUUACAUUCAUACUCUACACGCACUCACUCAUCGCCAUACAUUUGUCGUGCCCAGCUUUGUUGCUGUUAUUUAUCCAUCCGCAAUGACUCCUUUAAUACAUCUUCCACUAUUCAACGCGGCAGUAACCAAUACUCUUGUCAGCAAUGUUUACUGCAACGCAUAAUGUGAAAUUCUCGCUGGCUUUUUCAGUGUGGCUCCGCGUGUAUCAGUGCGGGUUGCAAUCAUGAAUAAUCUAUAACAGCUCACAAGAUCAGCGUUAAAAAAAAAAGUAAUCCCGGAACUUUUAUAAUCAAAAGAUUGAAUGAAUUGAUUAGAAUUUUUUAGACGUAACUGUCUUAUUUGUCCGUCGUGUUAUUCUUUCUUCUUCCUUCUCUUAACAGGACUUUAAGACUCUCGUAGUCUUUUUUUACAGCCGUGUUAGAUUAUGAGUCAGAAAUAAAAACCGUAUAAAUAUUUUUCUUGUGCUAUACAUCGAGAUAAAUCAAUUUCUUCGCAUGCCACCAUUCCGUGUCCGAUAGUAUAAAUUAUUAAAAUAUACCAGAGAAACUAUGUUUAAUUGUAUUAAUAAAUGAGAGAGAGUGUCAAACAUUUAUACGCGUCCAUACAGUUUCAGCGAGAAUGUAUUUUAUAAUAAUAGAUUUAAACUUGUCUACUCUUUAGCUCAUUUUAUAAAUCUAUUCUAUCAAACAUGACUAGAGGUGUGCGAAAAAGGUUAAUAUGUUUCGAUAUACAAGAAAAAAUUAUAAAUUUUUUUCAUUUCUAACAUAAUUCAAUAUGGCUGUACGGGAUCAGAAACCUUAAAAAAGGAAAACGAAUUAAUUCCUUUGAAGCUUUAGUUUGCAAUUUAGAUAUGGUAGUCUCUUGACAAAGUUACGGAUUUAUUGUAUUUUUAAUACAUUAUAAUUGAGAAAAUUGGAAACUAAGUGAAAGUAUAAUACAGACACACAUGAAAGUAUAAUACAAGUUACAAGUAUAUAAAAAAACGGAAUCUUUAAUUAUCAAACUAUUAAAUGAUUUUCAUCAAGCUUCGCUUGGCGAACGUUUAGUAUUAAUCUCAUUCUUUUCAGUGUUAUCUGUUAUAAACUCAUAAGUAACCCCGUUUUCUGGAAUGUGACUCUAUAGUAGGUAUUGAUUUAGGUAUACAAACUUUUAGAAGUUGCUUUCCUUAGAUAUAACUUUAUUCACAUUCAUCAUAUUUGUUGUUCGAAAACAUCUAACAAUAAGUUGCGUUCUAUGUGUUUUUCUGUAUUUUCAAAUGUAUGCUACAAGAAUUUGUAAUUCCACCAGUACACAACAACAAAAAACAGAUA